AUGGACAAGAACAGCAAGAUCUGCGUCAUCGGAGCCGGGCUGUUUGGCCUGUCCGUCGCUCGUCAGCUCAGCUUGGAUGGCUACCGGAACAUCAAAGUUCUUGACCGACAUAUUCCACCGGUACCGGACGGUUCGAGCAACGACAUUUCUCGCGUUGUUCGAUUUGACUACGCAGACGGAGACUACCAUGAGAUAGCUUAUGAAGCGUAUCAGAGAUGGCUCAACGAUCCCAAGUACCACGGAAUCUUCUCCCGAACGCAUUUCAUCUUGGGCGGAUCUCCCAAGCCUGGCGAAGAGACCUGGAUGGACAAGACUACAGCCCAGUUGACCAAGCACAACUUGCCAUGGUCAACUCUCAAGGACGCCAAGGAUGCUAGACGUAUUUUCCCCGUAUUGAGUGGUGAGCUGGCCGGUCCCAACUUCUCUGCCUAUCACCACAACCAAGCUGGCUGGGCGGACGCCGGCAAAGCCAUCACUCAACUUCGGGAUGAGUGUAUCGAGCUAGGCGUAUCGUUCAUCUGCGGCCGGGCUGGUACCGUUGUGGGUUUCGAGACAGACUCGCAGAGAUCAAUCACAGGAGUUCGGACACUAGCCGGACCUGAUUCCUCAGUCAAGGCAGACCACUUCAUACUGACGGCUGGUGCUUGGGGUUCUGGUCUUGUUCCGAUGUACAACUCAACACUCUCCACCGCCCAGGUCGUGGGAUAUCUCCCUCUUACCGACGAAGAGAUGGUAAAGUACAAGGACCUGCCGCUUUAUAUCAACUACUCAACGGGCUGGUUCAACUUCCCACCGCACGAGGACACAAAAACCCUCAAGAUGGCAGUCCAUGGGUGGGGGUACACGCGAGCACCUGGCGAUGAUGAUCGCAAACUCACGGUCAACCCCUCGUCCCCGCCUUUGAAGUCGCAAGAGCGCCCCAACUUCGUGCCAUCAGAUGGCGAAGAUCGUUUGCGACAAGGGUUGCGAGAGAUGCUGCCUGAGUUGGCGAGCCGUCCCUUCGACAAGGUUGCUAUGUGUUGGUACACGGAUACGCCAACGGGAGACUUCAUUAUGGAUUACCAUCCAGACUAUAAGAACCUCUUUAUCGGCGGAGCUGGAUGUGGACAUGCUUUCAAGUUUUUCCCUGUUCUAGGAGAAUACCUAGCCCGCGCUGUCCAACGAGAACUUCCAAGCCAUUUGGCUGACAAGUGGAGGUUCCGGAAAGAGUACGAAGGCCAAUCGGAUGCGUUCGUGGGCGACGGAAGCCGUGGAGGGCCGGCGAGGAGGGAGCUCACCAGCAAGGAGAGGGAAGCAUUUGAAUCCCGUGCCAGGACGAAGGCAAAGCUUUGA